UGGAUUCCAAACUCUUGCGAAGUCCCAAACCUUGCGGAUGCUUGCUCUUACUGUUCUUUUCAACCGGCGAACGUGUCACGUUUCGGGUUGAAAACCGGGAAGUUUAUCAACGUUCCGCUUGCAAGUUGAUGGCAUGAAACGGAGUUUUUUUAUAAACUUGCGGAGUUUAUAUUUCCUGCAGUUUUUUUUUCUUUGACUUUCUGUGAAGAUCUAUUUUUCGAUUUGCGUAGACUUGUUUAUUGUUUUUGCCAUGAUCGUUACUAAGCUUUUGAGUUUCUGAAAGUGCAGAAAAUUCUCGUGAAAGAUUUAUUGACAAUUUUGGUGAUUGAACCCAAUUUGUUUAUCGUUAAACAGCACCUGUGAAAGAUAAACUGCAAGAAAAGUGCACAAGUUUGUAUUUUGAAGUAGAAACUGUUCAGAAUCAGAAAAGAAAUCUGUACUUAUUCUGAUAAAUUUUCAUUUGUUUUUGAAAGAUAUAUACUUCGAAUUUUAAAAAGGUAUCGUGUUUGAAAACGAUAGAUGUAUAAUAUUUCUUUUUAUCUCUAAUCCUGAUAUUCAAUUGAAAAAAAAUUAUGAAUAAUUUUUGAUGAAAGUAGGCAAAACAAUAUGCAUAAAAAAUGAAAAGUUUUCGUUGCUUUUUUCUGCAUCUAUAGAAUUAUACACAUAAAUCGACAAUUUAAAACUGUAUAAAUUAUCAAUAUGAAGAAAAUGUCGCUUAUAAAAGUUUUAAAGUUUUGAAUAACUCUGGUCAGAGUGCGUAUUGUUUGUGAAAUCUAUUCCAUUUCUUGCAAAAGAUAUAAAACUGAAAUUUUGUGCUUUGAAGAAUCAGUCAAAGCGAAACGUGCAAAUCCAAGAAACUUUUUCUUGAAACACCUGAAUCAUAUUUUGGCAAGGAUACAAGGUAUCUGUUGUGCAACUUUUGACAGAGGUAAGCAUUUCAGCUUAUUAUUUAACUGCAGCAUUUUAUUUUGAUGAGGACGAUUCUGGUUACUCUCAAUACCCGCAAGUGAUGAAUAUGACUCAUCUAUCAUUCAAAGACUUUUUAAUUGGGAAACAGAAUCUCUACGAUGGCGACUCCUAAAGAGCUAACCCGAUCCCGAGAAGGUAUGAGCUCUGUACAAGCUUCUACAACCUCUCAGGAAUGGGCUGGAGGUCAGGUUCGAACAUCCCUCGUCGACAACUCUUCUCUCUCACCCCACCAGAGUUCUUCCGUCUAUAGAAUAGGCAUCUAUGGAUGGAGAAAACGAUGCUUGUAUUUCUUAGUGAUCAUUCUCUUUUCUAUGGUGAUCAUCAACUUAGCCUUAACCAUCUGGAUCAUCAGAGUCAUGGAUUUUUCCAUCAAUGGCAUGGGCCGAUUGCGCAUAUUCAGAGAUGGUAUAAGGCUGGAAGGUCGCUCUCAUUUUCUACACACAAUAUACGCUGCAAAAAUCCAAUCCAGAAGGGAUCAAGAUCUGAAAUUAGAAUCUUCCAGAAACAUUACUAUAAACGCCCGGAACAAGGAAGGAAAGAUUACCAAUAGGCUUACUCUAGGCCCCACUUCUAUGACGUCAUUUGCGGAAAAAUUUACGAUCAAGAACCGAAAAGGAGAAACUCUUUUUCAAGCAGACGAUAAGGAAGUUGUGAUUUCUACCGAACGGCUCAGAGUGACAGGCUCCGGUGGUAUACGCUUUCAAGGAUCAGUCCAGACACCCCUUGUCACAGCAGAGCCGUUCCAACAACUACGCUUGGAAUCCCCGACAAGGACGCUUAAUGUGAAAGCUCCGGAAGGUAUUGGUAUCGAAUCUAGAGCCGGGGACAUCAGCGCUUCUUGCCUGAAAGACUUGAAGCUUACAUCUAAAGAAGGCUCGAUUUGGUUGGAUUCAGAAAGGGUGGAACUGAGAAAUUUGAAAACGGCCAUACCUACUACCAGAGGACGUUCUUACCCUGGAAUAUAUCAACUUUGUGCUUGCGAGAAUGGACGUCUGUUUCUGGCGCCACCAGAAAAAGCAUGCCAAGCUGAUAAUAUAGUCUGCAGAGAAAGGGAUAGGGAUUGAGACAUUUAUGUGUAUUUCAACGGGAAACAGGAAGCACCACAACCAAGUACGGGUGUGCAUAUGUGUGUGUUUAAAAGUGAAUUCAAGAUAUCACAUAUCUAAUGUUUCAGAUCACUUCUUCUUCAUUCAAAUGAAGAGCAACGUCUUAAAUUGUUUGAUUUGUUGUAUUUGACGUCCAUUUUGUGUAGAAAAUGUUUAUUUGCUCACAGUGGCGGAUUUCCUACUAUGGCAGUUGCUUCGAGCUACUAGGCUAAGAGGUGACCAAAACUUGCCGAUUGAAAAAAUGUUUAGUCUAGUUGCCAAAUAAAUAAAAAUUUAUAAAUUCUAUGAAUUAUAAUUAAAAUUUUCUGUUUUUCAAUACAAUUAUUGCAUUAUAUUACGAUCAAAUAUAAUUGUUACGUCUGCUUAGUUAUUACAGCAUUUAUAUCACGAUUCUCCUUAAAUAAUAUAGCAUACGAACGCAGAUGGCGCUUAAAUAUGAAUCACAAUAAAUAUAUACAUAUAUAAGGGCGGAUUAAAUGUAAACGAAACAGAUGCCGCAGAAUGAAAUGGCAUAAUUUAUUUUUAAAAAUAAUCGCCACAUUUACACAAGCACUUGUCCUACUGGUUCACUAAGUGGUGGUACCUUGUUCACAGAAGUCGUUUGACUGCGAUUGUACGCAAUUUUGAACAAUAACCAUGAUUUUGUUGACCGAAUUAAAAAGGGGACGUUUCAAUAUCUUUUUCAGAAAAAAAAACAUUUGAAAAUCGUAUGUUAAAAGAUCGGAACUAUAUGAUAGUCGUUCCAACAUUGUUCGCCAAAGCAUCGCCAUCUUGCUUAGUGUGCGAGUGGCUAUGCAUUGUCUUGGAGCAAAGCGGCUCCAGUGAAUACGGAAAUACUUGCACCAUUUCUGCACAUGAAUCAAUGACAGUGAACUUUCUCCGUACACUUCUUCAUCCAUCAAUGCGAUUCUCAAAAUCCAAUACCUUCUGCCACUAAAACAAAUAGUGUCCAUGACUUUGCUGUCUGAAUUAGAAAGGCGACAUUUAAAUAUCUUUUUCAGAGGAAGAAGCAUUUGAAAGUCACAUGUUGAAAGAUCGGAACUAUAUGGUGGGUGCUUCAACAUUGUCCUCCAAAGCUUCGUCGUCUUCCUUAGUGUGUGAAUGUCCAUGUAUUAUCAUGGAAUAAAACAACUCCAGCGGAUGCGUAAACGAGCCAAUGACAGUGAGCGUUCUCCAUACACUUCUUAAUUCAUCAGUGCAAUUCUCAAAAUCCAACAUCCUUUGCCAAUAAAAACAGUGUCCAUGACUUUGCUGUACGAAUUAGAAAGGCGACAUUUAAAUGACUUUCUCAGAGGAAGAAACAUUUGAAAGUCACUUGUUGAACGAUCUGGACUAUAUGAUAGCGAGGCGCCAUGUAUUGAAAUGGAGCAGAACCACUCCAGCGAAUGUAGAAUCGCUUCCACCAGUUCUGCACAUGAGUCAAUGACAGUGAAUUUUCUCCAGUGAAUGGCAGUGAAUCCACCGAUGCCUUUCUCCAACUCCAACAACUUUUUCCACAAGAAAUAACUUCUGAAUAAUAUCACGUCUCUGUUCUUUAAUGCAAGAUAAUACAGACACUGUUGAAAUGCAGACCGAUUGCUGGACGAACUGCUGGUCUACCACAAAUGCAUGUCAAGUGACCCUGUGCGAUUAUCUAGGGAAAAUCCAUUCUACGGUAAGGAACAUCUUUCUUAUCUACCACUUUACACGCCAUCUAUCGACGCAAUUAUCAAAUUCCAACACCUUCUGCGAUUAAAAAACGGACAUCAUGUAUCUGUUCUUUAAUCACAAGCAUUAUAUAGAUGCUGUUGAAAUGGCAACCGAUUGAUUAAAGGAUGAUACUGUUGGGCUACCAGAAAUACAUAUCAAGUGCGACUAAAGGUCAAAUCCGUUCUUCAGUAGAGGAUAUCUUGCAUAUCUUCCGCUCUACUAUUACACACCAUUUAUGUAAUUUAUCAUAAUUUGGUGUAUUUUUGUGUAAGUAUAGCUGUUGUUCCCUUUUCAUUUGAUCCGCCCUUAUACGUUUUUACCAAGUUACUAAAAUAAAAUAAUAACAGUUUUAUUUAUUUUAAAUUAUGUUGAAAUAUGAAACCAAAAAGGAACCUCAAAAUGAGCUCAGCCUAGGGCUGGGAAAUGCCUAAAUCCGCCACUGUUUUGUCAUUUCUUAAAGAAGGACCGCGAGUCACAAUAAAGGAGAUAAAUGGAAUUUGAAAAGUCAAUCUGCAUGAAAACUUUAAUGCAUGAAUUGUUUUUAUUUCUUUUCUUGUAUGUUUUAAAAUUAAUUGAAGAUGUUCAUAUUUAAUAUGAAGCAAGGUAUAUUAUCUGUUGCUAUUACCAUAAAUACGUGAUUUAUAUUUCUGUGUUGUACUUGACUGUACGCAUGUGUAUUUAUCUAUUAUCAAUGUAAAAAUUGGACAUGAAUUAACAAUUUACUGACUGUUGUGAAGUUGUAGUGAAAACAAUUUAAAGUAAUUCUGCUGUUAAUUAAACUAAAUUUUAAAAAAAAGUUGAAUGUUUUGAAUGUCUCUUGUGAUGUAGUUUUGUUCUUCUAGUAUUGUUGUUUCACCGGUGUCGAAAUAUUUUGUACCAGUUUUUUC